UUAGAUAGACAGACCAGUCUGUACGUUGACCACUGAAAUCAAUAAUGGAAGGUAGGGAUAAGGAUGCAGUUUAAGUCUGGUAAAUGACUUGUGAGAUUCUGUGUGUAUGGUAGGUCUUAAUGGCCUUCCCACAAACAGAGUACAAUAUACAGAGUAGUGUGUUUGUCUACCAAUGAAAUCAAUAAUGAAACGUAGGGAUAAGGAUGAUUGAGAUAUGAUUAAGUCUGGUUAAAGACUUGAGAGAAUCUGUGUGUGUGGUAAGGAUUCAGGCUUCAGAGCCUUCCCACAUGCACAGAAGUCUUUCUCCACAGGUCUUUCCAGUAGAUUGGUAAUUGUGCAAUUCAGGAUGUGUCAACUAGUCAUGUCGGCUUGGCUCUGCAUAUAUUACGCAAACACUUCUUUUUACCAAGCAAAUAUUUUCCCUGGGUUCCACCUAUCAAAUGUUUACCCAGAGAAUGUACAGUCCAGUAUUAUACGUACAGUAACUGAUUUGGGAGUUGUGUAAGUCCAGGAAUGAUAUUUUUUUUACCCUUGUGACCCUCCGUCCACAUGCGUGACCCUGUCCAGGUCCCUAAAUCUGAGGAGACGAAGCCCCACUCGCAGAGAAGCAAGGAUGACUACAUCCCAUACCCGCGGAUAGAGGACAUUCUGGAGAAGGGUAGCCCAUACCCGCAGGUGAUCCUGCCCCAGUUUGGGGGUUACUGGAUUGAGGAUGCCGAGGCGCCUGUAGGCACCCCCACCUCUUCGGAGAGCAGCUUCUGUGAGGAGGAUGACGGAGGGAGUAUGAGCCCUGCGGGAGGGUUCGGCUUCAGGCUGGAGUGUAACAGCACGGCCAGGGCCUACCGCAAACACUUCCUGGGCAGGGCUUAA